CGGCGGCGCAGGUAAUGCGUCAUUAGCAACGCGCGGGCCGGCGGCUCCGGGGGUGGGUGCAGCGUGGAUCUUCACCAUGUCGGUCAUCUUCGCGCCUUCCUGGCUGCGAGGCACGGCGAAGAUCAAUCAGGACAUCGUCCAGCGGCUCCUGGAGGAGAAUGACCAGCUGAUCCGCUGUAUCGUGGAGUAUCAGAACAAGGGCCGAGCGAACGAGUGCGUGCAGUAUCAGCACGUGCUGCAUAGAAAUCUCAUUUAUUUAGCAACCAUUGCAGAUAGCAACACAGCCAUUUCUUCAAAAGCACCAGAAUAAUCUUCCUGGUGGCCAGCAUGAGGAAUGACUGAAUGUGGAUCCAUCCCCUGUGAGACAGAAUUGUUACCAGCUCAGCUAUUUGAAAUAUGAGUGAAGAUUGUGUGGAAGUGUGAAGAAAACUAUGAGCUCACUGUCUUCUCAAUGUAAAUAUUAAGGAAUUGAGCAAAUCCCUCAAGAAGACUGUAAGGCAUUUAGGUAUGUGACACCAGUACCACUUUCAGUCAGCAAUUAACAGUAAUUCUAGUUAUUAUCGAAUAUCAUGUGAUGAUAAGUGAUGCAGUGAUUUCUUCAGUACCACAAAAUGUCUGCUGAUUAGUCUGAGUUUGGAUCAAAACUAUGUCACUACAUUACAUAUUGUUCAUAUCAGUUUAACAAUACUUAACAAUUGCCCAUCAUCAUCAUCAUCAUCAUUAUUAUUUGACCACUUGUUGGAAAAAACAAAUAAGUCAUUUGUCCUAGAAUUUCUCAUGUUCUAGAAUCAUUCAGUUAGGUUCUUGUAGUCCCACUAUGCCCCACUGCCACCGACGUUUCCUGUAUACUGGUAGAUGUAGAGAUGUAUUCAAACUCGGGUUCUGCAAGAAGGUGACAAAUGUCUCAUUUGGGUCACGUAAGGAAGUGACCUGAUUUAUUUUCAAGUGUCCAACAGCCUUUCAUUUAUAUUAUAACCCAGCUUUUAACUCAUUAGGAAUGACAUAGGUGAUUUUUUUUUUCUAGUGUUGUCAUUUCUUCUGCCAUUUUUAGCUGUAUCCUAUUAAAAAAUAAAUAAAGCUGGGUGUGGUGGUACACAUCUUUAAUCCCAACGCUUGGAA